ACUGCAGUACUUAUAGAGGCCACGGUCACUGCUCCAUCCCAGACACCUGGUCCCCAACAAUCAGAAUGUUACUCUGGAUCGUGCUCAGUGUAUUCUGCAUCGCUGCAGCCCAACAGCGCAGCUCUUCCUACUCUGGUGAAUAUGGUGGAGGUGGAGGAAAGCGUUUCUCACAGUCUGGGAACCAGCUGGAUGGACCAAUCACUGCCCUGAGGAUCCGUGGGAACCGUAACUACAUUACAGGGCUGCAGGUUCGUUAUGGCACAAGCUGGUCUCAGUACCAGGGUGGCUCUUCUGGAGACCAGGAGGAGAUAUUCCUGCACCCUGGAGAAUCUGUGAUCCAGGUCUCUGGGAAAUAUUCCUGGUACCUCCGCCGUCUGGUGUUUGUCACUAACAAGGGGCGUCAUUUCGCCUUCGGUAAAGAUUAUGGAACCAGCUUCAAUGCUGUGCCCCUGUACCCCAACACGGUGCUGCGCUUCUUAAGCGGUAGCUCUGGCUCAGUCAUCGAUGCCAUUGGCUUCCACUGGGAUUACUCCUCUAGUGGCUGUGUACAAUGCAACAAGUGAUCCUGAAGAUCAUCACACCAUCCCACGCAGAACAUCGCACCACCUCUCCAAAUCUCUCCUGCAGAACAUUUUCUAAUGCUGAUAACUUACACAGAGCAUUACAACCCCUGGAAUUCUAUCUUUCAAAAAAUUGUCUGCAGAGCGUCACUCCCUCACACACCCUUGUAAACAUUUCUGCUACCUCUUGAUCCACCCCAACAAAUUCUUAUCCACUGUUAAUGGGAUAUGAUUCAUGAUUCAGAUAGAGCAUGUAAUUUUAAGCAACUUUCUAAUUUAUCCUAUUUUCAAUUUUUCUUCGUUCUCUUGGCAUCUUUAUUUGGAAAGCUUAGGAGUUGGACCAUUUUUGGUUUAGCACUUGGGUAGAGCUUGCUGAUUGGUGGAAUGUAGCGCUACCCAGGUGCUGAACCAAAAACUGGCCAACUCCUAAGCUUACAUUCCUGCUUUUUCAAAUAAAGAUACCAAGAGAAUAAAGAAAAAUUAAUAACAGCAGUAAAUUAGAAAGUUGCUUAAAAUUGCAUGCUCUAUCUGAAUCAUGAAAGAAAAAAAAAAUGAAUAUCCCUUUAAGUUCAGGACAGUUUCCUAUAAAAUUGAACAAUUAUUUUGGUGUCUCUUCUGUACCCAUCUCCUCUGUGAAUUGUAACUGCCUCACCAGAGUUCUCAAAUUAAUAUCUAUUAUUCUUCAAAUAAAAUUGGAGCUUUAAA